AUGGCAGCAGCGGAAGGUGUUGGAUCAGUAUUCAUUUGGGUGAAUGUUCGGCUAUGUAAUAAAAGAUCGGCAUAUUUGCAGUUAUCGGCAAAGGUCGACACAGGUGCCGAUGCGCUUGUGAUUAGCAAUAAACAGUGUGCUGAUUUGAAACUGAUGUGCGUAGGUGAAGGAGUGUAUCGCGAUAUUGGGUUGACCUACAAAGUGUAUGAAGGAGCUGAAAUCGAAUACAUGGGGAGAUCGGCUGAAAUUGUUGUUCAUAGUGUGGUGGAUUUAGAGAAACCCUUAUUAGGCAUGUCAGCCAUUCGUGCUUCGUAA